ACAAGCAUGGCGCAGUCUGUCCAGCAUGAUCACUCGUCGUCGAGAAUUAUACAUGUUGUGAAGGGAAUUUGUUGUCAGUUAUCCGCAAGCAAAGGUCUAGAAUGGAACAAAAUUAGCAUAUGCAAACGAUCACGAGAUCUGAAAGAUGGAGAGUUUGUGAUCCCCAAGGGAAGCACACCCAAAGCUAUCGAAGAGACACCCUCUGUUCUGCUGGAGUAUCUUCAGUCUCAGUUGCCCUGUCUCUGCUCUGUGGAUCUACCUGUUACUUGUGUGGACUCAGACAAAUAUAAUCAUGCAAGGUUACAUGUUGAUAGACCGAACGGUUUUUCAAAUAUCAUCAGGCAGGUUGGAGAAAGGGGAGACAACUAUGGCAACUGUCCACAUAGAUCUUCCCAUCCCACGAUGCUCAACCCAUCAGACCUUCUGUGUAUUAAUGAUGACGACUUCGUAGCCACACCAGCACAUCUCCGAUAUCUCAUAGUGCUCCAGCAUGUCAAACACCUACUGUCUGCAAAUGGGUAUCUGAGUCACCAAGUUCCUGUUGCAAGGUCAACCAAACUGUGCGACAUUUCAGCAUCUCUUGGACUUGAUUCCUGUCAGUCAGCAGCAGAAGUUUCAGAAGAUGAGAACCGUUGCCAUGACAUUCUGUCCAAGCUGAGAGAGUCUCAGUACACUGAACAGCUGGUUUCAUUGACUAAACAGAAAGGGGAUAGUGAAGAUGUUGAUGCAUCAAGUGACAGACAACAUGCUGUAGUCAUUAAUUUGAGACAUUUCAUGGAUGAUAACAAUAUAGAAGCUGGAAAAACUGGGUACGAUAAGAAUCUGUCUCUUGUGGAUGUGUGUCAUGAAGAUGGUCCCACCGACAACGUCCUACACAUCUCAAGGCUACAGGAAUUCGUAUCACAAAAGAUGGAGUCUGCUGUGCAGAUGAUACACCUGGUGACUGAGACUCGAGCCUUCACCCAGCAACAGACUGACCUAUUGUGGAGGAUUGCAGGGGUGGACGGGUUGGUGGGACAGACCCAUUUUGUUCUGGGGUCAGUUACAGGAAGGUCUGGUCAGCCAUGCAGUAAAACAGCUCAGGAAUUUAUUCAGUUGAGGCUGGACCAGAUGAGAGAGGCGUCCAUCAUGAAAUAUGGAGAUGAAGUUCAAGGCGAGGGAUGGGAGACAACUCUGUCAGGAAUGUCUUCAGCCAGUAUUGCUUUUGAGAUGUUGACUACAGCCAGUAGAAACAGUGUGAAGCUGGACCUGUCUGAUGAGGACCGUAUGGGUGCAGAGAACAGAGCGGGGGCAUUUGUCAUGUACAACUGUGCCAGACUCUCUACCCUCUUUACUCAUUUUGAGGAUGCUGUGAAGAAAGAAAAUCCUAUGUCACUAGGAAUCUACCCUCCUCUCCCGUCCAUUGAAGAUGUCACGUUUGAGCAUCUAAAACAAGAGGAGGAAUGGGAGUUGUUGUUUAACUACAUCUACCCGUACCCAGACGUCGUAGAACAGUGCGUAGAGAAACUGGCGCCCUCUACUGGAGACAUACAGGCUCGCAUACACACACACAAGAUCAGCAACUUCCUUAUCAGCUUCAGUCGGUGCUUGAGCUCCUAUUACAGCAGAGUGCACAUCCUAGGGGAUGGCAGGCCACACCUUCUGCCUCUGAUGUACGCACGGCUUCACCUGAUAAGGGCUGCUCACCAAGUGAUCAAGAACGGUCUUAACCUGAUGGGAAUACAGCCUUUCUCACAGCUAUAACAACAUUGGAUAAUAUUUAUUCAUAUGUCAGUUGUAAGUUCAAUAUCACACACUGGGACUCCCCCCGAGAGAACUGGCGAGCAACCCAUGCUUGUUUGAAGAGACGACAAGCGGGAUUGGUGGUCAGACGUGCUGGUAUUUACAGACUGAAGUCGUUCAGCUGGAAUAAUACUGAUUGUGGUUUUAAACCCAACAAUAUGUUCUGUUAUCAGUGUAUGAAAUAAGCCCAAAACCCAGCCAGACAUCAGGGCUGGUAACUUCAAAAUGUUACCAGCCCAAAAUGGAUUAAAUCAGACCAAAUAUGGUGAAUAUACUCAGAUAUAUGGAACAUCUACAAUUUUUACCAGACAAUCGGGCUGGCUAGACCGUCUCGGACCUUAUUUCAUAUACUGCUGUUAACAUUGCAGAGUUGACAUCUACGGGUCUGAUAUUACUUAAUUGUACUGGAUAUAGAAUGCAUGGUGUAUAAUUCAGAAUAUUGAACUGCCAGGCUUAAGACACCAUAUGCCCAUGGUUUAUAGUGGCAUAGAGGGAGAAGGUUAUUUGAUGUAGAUAUAUUUAAUACAGGUUUCAUGGAAGUGUUUUGGACUUUCAGUUUGUGUUACAGAGACUGUUUUCAGCCAAGUAAUGUUUUGAUAACAUUUUGAUAACAUUUUCAGUGUAUACUUUGUUUUGCCUGGCAGUUUAGGUUACUUUGUGGUGCCAUCAAAACUUGUUCUAUCCAGAGUCGUGGCAAUUACUUUUGUCAGAUAUUAAAACAUAUUAAACAUU